UUUUGGCUCGCUAUCCUCGCUAUCCAUGCAGAAAUAUUGAUAGAGACAGUCUUGGAGUCAGGAUGCGGUUGUUAUUGCUUCUCUCGCUGCUCGGGGUGGCUCCAGUAUGGGCCAAGGACAAGACCACCACCUCCUCGUCUACGACAGAAACCGAUGCCACCACGACGGGGUCAUUGCUGACCGUUGAAGGCACCAUCUCAACCGUCUCUGCAGAGGCUACGGUGCCUACUGGGGACUAUCUUUCGUACACUAGCACCAUCACUCUGUCUACGGAUUCUGCCGGAGAAGUAUAUACCUCCGUCGUGACGGGGAAUGAGACGGGGACUGCGACAAAGACGACGACUGUGACGACAACGUCAGGAAACUCGACGGAGACCACAACCCAGACCACCACGUCAGUAUCAGUGACAGUGCUUGUGGGAGGCCAGACAGCAACGGGGAACUCAACAGCGAAUGCCACCUCAACAACCUCAGCCGCAGCAACGUCGACCUCGCAAGUUGUCAACACCCAGCCUUGCAAUGGCUAUCCGGAAUUCUGCGCCCGCCAGUACUCGAAUAUUACCAUGGUGACAGCUCACAACAGUCCGUUUGUGCGGCCGGGAAACAUUGCAUCCAACCAAGCCUUGGAUGUCACCUCGCAGUUGAAUGAUGGUAUCCGCAUGUUACAAUUUCAGACGCAUUUGGUCAACGGUACCAUGUACCUGUGUCACACCUCGUGCGAAUUGCUUAACAUGGGGCCCUUGGAGGAUUAUCUCACCACGGUUGCCAAAUGGAUGAAGAAAAACCCCUACGAUGUAGUCACCAUUCUCGUCGGCAAUGGCGACUAUGUUGCGCCGGGAAACUAUACAUCAGCCUUCCAGAACUCAGGCAUCCUCGACUACGUGUACACGCCGUCAGUGAUUCCCAUGUCUGUGGAUGAUUGGCCCACAUUAUCCAGUAUGAUCCUCAACGGGAACCGUCUUGUGGUCUUCAUGGAUUAUGAAGCCAACCAGUCUAAGAUUCCGUGGCUGAUGGACGAAUUCACGCAAAUAUGGGAGACACCCUUUUCUCCUGUCAACCGUGACUUCCCAUGCACCAUCCAACGGCCGCCAGGGCUAUCUGCGAAUGCCUCAAAGAGCCACAUGUACAUGGCAAACCACAAUUUGAAUCUCGAGGUCAGCAUUGCCGGUCUAGAUAUGUUGAUUCCUAACACGGCGCUCCUGGAUGUGACCAACGCUGUCUCCGGCUAUGGUAGCCUUGGCCGAAUGGCCAACAACUGUUCUGAAAAAUGGAAUCGUCCCCCGAACUUUCUCCUCGUUGAUUAUUACAAUUAUGGCAAUUUCAACGGCUCCGUCUUCGAAGUAGCUGCCAAGAUGAACGGAGUCAAUUACACUGCUAAAUGCUGCGACGUGACAUCUGGAGCCUCAAUGCCCAUCACCGGGCGACGCACUGCCGUCUUCAUGACGUUUAUUGCCGGCUUGCACCUCCUCUCGUAUCUUUGAUUUGAUUAUUAGCAUUAUCACUACUUUUUACCCUGUUUAUAUUACAUCUUGAUCGUGUGCAUGACCUAGAAAUGAUCUGGCUCGGCGUUGGGGUUUCACCUAUUCUCACGGAUGAAUGAUUUGUCUGCAAAGCAAUUCAUGUCGAUGUCAGUCUACUCCGUAUAUCUGUAUCAUAUCAAUACAACGGAUCUCUAAACUCAAUAUUAUCAGCCC